CAUGACAAACCGGUCGCGCCGGCGAGACGCACGCAAAGCGUGCAGGAUUCUUUCGCGCAUAUGGCGGCGGGUCGCGUUCCGCGUGACCAGCGCGGCGGCCGGUAAAAACGGCGACGAGCUCCCGGUGCCACGCCCACACGGGGACGUCGCGAGAUCGAUCACGCGCCGGCGCCGGCUGACCCACCGAACCGAAAUGCGCGCGCGCGCUUCGAGCAGCCUCGACGAUGGCGCGGUCGCCACCGUCUCCUUCCUCCUCCUCCUCCUCCUGCUGAUGCUGCCGCCCCUCGGCUCGAUCUGCCAUGCCCGAGCACAGCAAGACACCGAUGACGACAUGGAGUUCAGCUACCGCCGCGGCGACGACGACGGGCCGGAGCGGUGGGGGCUCAUGAGGCGGGACUGGGCCGCCUGCUCCUUCGGCCGCCGGCAGUCCCCCAUCCACCUCUCCGGCGCCGCCGCCGGCGGCUACCACCAUCGCCGCCUGCUCCGCUCCUACCGCCCCGCCGCCGCCACCCUCGUCAACCGCGGCAACGACAUCAUGGUGAGGUUCGACGGCGACGCCGGCGGCGUGGUGGUCGACGGCGAGGCGUACAGGCUCCGGCAGAUGCACUGGCACUCCCCCAGCGAGCACGCCAUCGACGGGCGCAGGUACGACCUGGAGCUGCACAUGCUGCACCAGAGCGACAGCAGCGGCCGGUACGCCGUCGUCGCGCAGCUCUUCGAGAUCGGCCGCCGCCGCCGCGACGCCACCCUGGACAUGCUGGAGCCAUACAUCGAGAGGGUCGCCAAGAAGAGGAAGAUGCACGAGGUGGAGGUCGACGGCGAGGUGGACCCGAGGCGGCCGGUGAGCGGCAGCGGCGUGUACUACCGGUACACGGGCUCCUUCACCACGCCGCCCUGCACCGAGGGGAUCACGUGGACGGUGGCCAGGAACGUGCGGCGGGUGUCGCGGCGGCAGGUGGAGCUCCUGCGAGAAGCCGUCCACGAUGAUGCAAGAAGGAACGCGCGGCCGCUGCAGGAGGCCAACGGCAGGGCCGUCGGCGUGUACUACAGCUGGCUGGCCUAAUGCGUGGGCAGCGCCAGCGGCCCGGCGCGUGUUUGUAGAUUAACAACUACGGCGAGGCGAUGCGAUGCGAUGCAUGAAGCUAGCUUUUGUAACAAGAUUUAAUUUAAUUGAUGUAGGUGACACUAAUGGAUGAAGAAAGAGGACCGAACAUAACUCAUUCUACCUCCAUAUUUUUACGUAUGACACCGUUGACUUUUAGAAUUA